GCCGCUCCCGCCCCGCCCCGCCGCCACCGCCGCGCCGAGUCCUUUUGUCCAAGAUGGCGGCGCCGGGGGCGCUACCUCCUCGGCCGCCGCCGCCGCCGCUGUGAGGGGCCUGCGGGCCGCCCGCCCGCCCGCCGCGCCGGCGCCAUGAAGAGGCAGAGCGAGCGAGACUCGAGCCCGAGCGGGCGCUGCUCGUCAUCGUCGGCCAAGCGGCCGCGGGAGCGCGAACGGGAGGCGGAGGCGGGCGGGCGGCGGGCGGCGCACAAGGCCUCGGGCGGCGCCAAGCAUCCCGUUCCAGCGAGGGCCCGAGACAAACCCCGCGGUAGCGGGGGCGGCGGGGGUGGGCAUCGUGACGGCCGCGGCGCCGGGGACGCAAAUCACCGAGCGAGCAGCGGCCGCUCCUCGGGCUCGGGCGCCGGCGGCGGGGGACGCGGCGGCAAGGCCUCCGGGGACCCAGGCGCUUCAGGUGCUUCACCCCGCGCCUCUCCACUGCCACCACCUCCGCCACCUCCCGGGGCUGAGCCCGCGGGUCCCGGCUCUUCGGCAGCCGCGCCCGAGUACAAGACGCUGCUCAUCAGCAGCCUCAGCCCCGCGCUGCCCGCCGAGCACCUCGAGGACCGGCUCUUCCACCAGUUCAAGCGCUUCGGCGAGAUCAGCCUGCGCCUGUCGCACACACCGGAGCUGGGCCGCGUGGCCUACGUGAACUUCCGGCACCCGCAGGACGCACGCGAGGCCCGCCAGCACGCCUUGGCCCGCCAGCUGCUGCUCUACGACCGGCCGCUCAAGGUGGAGCCCGUGUACCUGCGUGGUGGCGGCGGCGGCGGCGGCGGGAGCAGCCGGCGAAGCAGCAGCAGCAGCGCUGCCGCCUCCACACCGCCCCCGGGGCCGCCCACGCCCGCCGACCCGCUCGGCUACCUACCCCUGCACGGCGGCUACCAGUACAAGCAGCGCUCGCUGUCCCCAGUAGCCGCCCCGCCGCUGCGAGAGCCCCGCGCCCGCCACGCUGCAGCAGCCUUUGCCCUGGAUGCUGCCGCUGCCGCCGCAGUGGGACUAUCCCGGGAGCGGGCCCUGGACUACUAUGGGCUGUAUGAUGACCGCGGGCGCCCCUACGGCUACCCUGCUGUGUGUGAGGAGGACCUGAUGCCUGAAGAUGAUCAGCGGGCCACGCGCAACCUCUUCAUCGGGAACCUGGACCACAGCGUGUCUGAGGUGGAGUUGCGGCGGGCCUUUGAGAAGUACGGCAUCAUUGAGGAAGUGGUCAUUAAGAGACCUGCCCGUGGCCAGGGUGGUGCGUAUGCCUUCCUCAAGUUCCAGAACCUAGACAUGGCCCACAGGGCUAAGGUGGCCAUGUCGGGCCGGGUGAUUGGCCGAAACCCCAUUAAGAUAGGCUAUGGCAAGGCCAACCCCACCACUCGCCUCUGGGUGGGCGGCCUGGGACCUAACACCUCACUGGCCGCUCUGGCCCGGGAGUUUGACCGCUUUGGGAGCAUUCGGACCAUUGAUCACGUCAAGGGAGAUAGCUUUGCUUACAUCCAGUACGAGAGCUUGGAUGCAGCUCAGGCCGCCUGUGCAAAAAUGAGGGGCUUUCCCUUGGGUGGUCCAGACCGGAGGCUGCGUGUGGAUUUUGCCAAAGCAGAGGAGACUCGGUAUCCCCAGCAGUACCAGCCCUCACCCCUCCCUGUGCAUUAUGAGCUGCUGCCCGACGGAUAUACCCGGCACCGAAACCUGGAUGCAGACCUACGGGUGCGGGAUAGGACCCCCCCCCACCUCCUGUACUCGGACCGAGACCGGACCUUUUUGGAAGGGGACUGGACCAGCCCUAGUAAAAGCUCUGACCGCCGGAACAGCCUGGAGGGCUACAGCCGGUCAGUGCGCAGCCGGAGUGGGGAACGCUGGGGAGAUGGGGACCGGGGCCUGCCCAAGCCCUGGGAGGAGAGGCGGAAGCGGAGGAGCCUUUCCAGUGACCGAGGGAGGACAACCCACUCCCCUUACGAGGAACGGAGCAGGACCAAGGGUGGUGGGCCACAGGUGGACCGGGGCUCUGACCGCACUCCUGAGCGCAGCCGUAAGGAGAACCACUCCAGUGACGGGACCAAGGAGUGCAGCAGCAACUCCCUCAGCAACAGCAGACAUGGGGCUGAGGAGCGGAGCCACCACCAUCACCAUGAGGCUCCAGACUCUUCUCAUGGGAAGAAGACACGAGAGAGCGAGCGCAAUCAUCGGACCGCUGAGGCUGAGGCCAAGCCUCUGGAAGAGCCAAAACAUGAGACCAAAAAGCUCAAGAAUCUUUCCGAGUAUGCCCAGACCCUACAGCUGGGCUGGAAUGGGCUCCUGGUGUUGAAAAACAGCUGCUUCCCGACAUCUAUGCACAUCCUGGAGGGGGACCAGGGGGUCAUCACUGGCCUCCUCAAAGACCACACUUCCGGGAGCAAGCUGACCCAGCUGAAGAUCGCGCAGCGUCUGCGCCUGGACCAGCCCAAGCUCGAUGAGGUCACGCGUCGGAUCAAGCAGGGGAGCCCCAACGGCUAUGCGGUGCUCCUCGCCACCCAGGCGACCCCCAGCGGGCCUGGCACCGAGGGGAUGCCCGCGGUGGAGCCAGGCCUACAGAGGCGGCUUCUCAGGAACCUGGUCUCCUACUUGAAACAGAAGCAGGCGGCGGGGGUGAUCAGCCUGCCGGUGGGUGGGUCCAAGGGCAGAGACAGCACGGGCAUGCUCUAUGCUUUCCCACCCUGCGACUUUUCACAGCAGUACCUCCAGUCAGCACUGAGGACAUUGGGCAAGCUAGAGGAAGAACACAUGGUGAUAGUUAUAGUAAGAGACACUGCCUAGCCCAGACCUAUUUGCAGCUCCGCAUUUGUGUCACAAAAAGCAAUUAUUUUAAAAAUCUGAUCACCACUCCCUCCCCACAUCCUAUCCCCUUGGUUUGAAUUCUCUGCUGGGUUAUUUUGGUUCAUUGGAUGGGGGACCAGAGUCCUGACCCCCACCAAAACUAAGUUCUUAGUUUUCUGGGGGAGGUUUUGUUUGUUGCUUUUGUUUUGUUUUGUUUUGUUUACAGCAAUGAGAAAGGGACUCCUGUCACGUUGAUUUCUAGUGUACAAGAUACUGUCUGCUGUGUUCUGUAUUUUUUUUAUUUUUUGACUAACUGUAUGGAAAGUUGUCAGUAAAGCCUUUGUCAGAGGAUGGAUUUUUAA